GAGAACGUAGGCAAAGUUUAGCCUUCGUUCUCAUAUUUAUUAGGUAUUAAAUUAUAUUCUCUCAUACCAGAUAUUAGUUUACAUUAAGUAUAAAUUGAUCUGUAUUACUGAUUUCUGUAAUAUCGCUCGUGUACAAUAAAAUAAUUAGUCCUAUAAGAUUAUUAUUGAGUUAUGUCUCGUAAUAAACAACAUGAGGAGACUGAUAAACUUACACGAAUUGCAAUCGUCAAUGCCGAUCGAUGUAAGCCAAAACGAUGCAGACAAGAAUGCAAGAAAAGCUGCCCCGUAGUUCGUAUGGGUAAGCUUUGUAUUGAAGUAACGCCCAAUGACAAGAUAGCUACUAUAUCUGAAGAACUUUGCAUCGGAUGUGGUAUCUGUGUUAAGAAAUGCCCAUUUGAUGCUAUUACAAUUAUUAAUGUACCAUCAAAUCUGGAGAAACACACUACGCAUCGUUAUUCCAAGAACUCAUUCAAGCUUCAUCGUCUCCCAAUACCCCGGCCAGGAGAAGUUUUAGGGUUAGUAGGUCAAAACGGGAUUGGUAAAUCUACUGCUCUAAAAAUUCUUGCUGGCAAGCAGAAACCCAACUUGGGUAGAUAUUCCGAUCCUCCAGAUUGGCAAGAAAUUUUGUCCCAUUUUCGAGGUUCAGAGUUGCAGAACUAUUUUACUAAGAUUCUUGAAGAUGAUUUAAAGGCCCUCAUCAAGCCUCAAUAUGUAGAUCAGAUCCCUAAGGCUGUCAAAGGAACAGUAGGACAAUUGCUUGAUAAGAAAGAUGAUAGAAAAAACCAACCUGAAAUAUGUGAAAUGCUUGAUUUAUCUCACAUCCGUGAUCGUGAAAUUGCUGCAUUGUCUGGUGGGGAGCUUCAACGUUUUGCUUGUGCUAUGGUUUGCAUCCAAAAUGGAGACAUUUUCAUGUUUGAUGAGCCCUCUUCAUAUUUAGAUGUAAAACAACGUCUUAAUGCUGCUCGCACUAUACGUUCCCUGAUACAUCCUGAUAAGUUCAUAAUAGUGGUUGAACAUGACUUGUCUGUGCUAGAUUAUUUAUCAGAUUUUAUAUGCUGUUUGUAUGGUGUGCCUGGUGCUUAUGGUGUUGUGACUAUGCCUUUCUCUGUAAGAGAAGGUAUAAAUAUUUUCCUUGAUGGAUUUGUACCCACUGAGAACAUGAGAUUUAGAACUGAAUCAUUGGUUUUUAAGGUUGCUGAAUCUGCUACAGAAGAAGAGAUUAAAAGAAUGAAUCAUUAUGAAUAUCCUGAGAUGUCUAAAAAAAUGGGCGACUUUAGUCUUAAAGUGAUGCCGGGUGAAUUUUCUGACUCUGAGAUUUUGGUUUUACUUGGUGAAAAUGGAACUGGAAAGACUACAUUCAUCAGAAUGUUAGCAGGCAAUUUAGAACCCGAUGAAGGUUCUGGCCAAUUGCCGCAGCUGCACAUUAGUUAUAAACCACAAAAAAUAUCCCCUAAAUCCCAGGGCAUGGUUAGAAAUUUGCUGCAUGACAAAAUAAGAGAUGCAUAUGUACAUCCACAGUUUAUAACAGAUGUUAUGAAGCCAAUGAAAAUUGAGGAAAUUAUGGAUCAAGAAGUGCAAAACUUGUCUGGUGGUGAAUUGCAACGAGUUGCCUUAGUGCUUUGUUUAGGAAAGCCUGCUGAUGUGUACCUGAUUGAUGAGCCGUCUGCUUACCUUGAUUCUGAACAGCGUUUAGUUGCUGCUAAAGUUAUAAAGCGGUUUAUUCUGCAUGCCAAACGAACAGGAUUUGUAGUAGAGCACGAUUUCAUAAUGGCAACAUAUCUAGCCGACCGAGUCAUUGUGUUUGAAGGAACACCAUCCUCAAAUGCAACGGCUCAUGCUCCUCAAUCACUGCUCAAUGGGAUGAAUAAAUUCUUAGAGCUACUCGGUAUCACUUUUAGACGUGAUCCUAAUAAUUUCCGACCUAGGAUCAAUAAGCAUGCUUCUGUCAAGGAUAUGGAACAAAAAAGGGCAGGCCAGUAUUUCUUCCUGGAAGACUAAAUGAAUGUUAUAUUUAUAUUGGAUUUAUACUGUUAUAACUGUCACAACAAAGAUGACCUGCCACCAAUGUAUUUCCAAUUAAAUAAAUGAAUGUAUUAUGUACUGUAAUAAAAUCAGUUUUAUACAACUACUGUAUUUAUUUCAGAAAUUAAUUAGUUAAUUUAAUACAUAGAAAUCUAUUAUUAUCUAUAUAUGAAUAUUCAUUAUUAACUUUUUAAUUAACAUCAUGAGAUCAUACUCGCAAAGUAUUUAUAAAUACAUAAUAUAUUGUCGUG